AUGCUUGAUCCAAAUCAAAUAUCGACGAACGAUAUUAGUGGACAACCAAAAUUUAAAUUCUUGGUUGUUGAUUCAGGACCUUUAAUUAAAGGUGUUGACGUUCGUCAUUUAGCCGAAAAAGUUUAUACUAUACCAGAAAUAAUUUUAGAAAUUCGUGAUAAACAUUCCCGCGAUUUUUUAACACAAAUUUCUUUUGAUAUUGAAACUAUACGUCCUGAUGAUUAUACAAGUUUAUCUGCUAUUGAUUUGAGAGUUUUGGCAUUAACUUACAUGCUUGAGGUUCAAGUAAAUGGCACGGAACGAUUGCGUAAAGAACCUGUUAGAUCAAUCAUACAAUUUAGUGGCAAUCAUAAAAACUUGAAACAAGCUAAAAAUGGUACAAAGUUUGGUGACAAUGAUAAAAAUUUGAAAAAAGCUGAAAAUGACACACAAUUUGGUGAUAAUCAUAAAAAUUUGAAAAGGGCUGAAAAUGAAAAGGUUGAAAAUGAAAAGAUUGAAAAUGAAAAGUCUGAAAAUGAAAAGUCUGAAAAUGAAAAGGUUGAAAAUGAAAAGUCUGAAAAUGAAAAAUCUGAAAAUGAAAAGUCUGAAAAUGAUAAGGUUGAAAAUGAAAAGGUUGAAAAUGACACACCCGUCUUUCAGUAUGAGGAUGAUGAUGACGAAGAAGGAUGGAUAACGCCCGACAAUAUAAUGAAAUAUCAGGAAAAAGAACAAAAUUUAGAGAUGAAAACAAAGAAAGAUGAGAAUAUUAAAGUUGCAUGCAUUACAACAGAUUAUUCCAUGCAAAAUGUUUUGUUACAAAUGGGGUUGAAUUUGGUCUCUGUUAAAGGAGCUAGAAUCAAAAAAGUAAAAAGUUGGAUCCUUCGGUGUCACGCGUGCUUCAAAACAACUACCAACAUGGAAAAACAAUUUUGCCCUUCUUGUGGGAAUGCUACUUUAAUUCGCACUUCAGCCAGUACAGAUAUAAACGGCAAAGUAACAUAUUAUUUAAAGAAGAAUUUUCAAUAUAAUCUGCGCGGAACUAAGUAUUCAAUACCAAAUCCAAAAGGUGGUCAUCACGCCAACAACCUUAUUCUUCGAGAAGACCAAAAAGAGUACCAAAAUGCCUUGAAGAGUCAUCGUAAGCAAAAAGAAGUGGAUAUAUUUGAUCCUGAUUAUGUUCCUAAACUUUUCAUAGGAUCAGAAUUUUCCACUUCUCAUGGAGCUCCGAUGAUCGGUUAUGGGCGUAGAAAUCCUAAUGAAUCCAUACGAGGAAAGGCUAAAGGAAAGAAAAGACGGUGA